AUGGAUGCAGCCGGAGCCACGUCACGCCGCGUCGCAGCCAUGACCAGCUCGACAGCCAACCCAGACCGCGUCUUCUCCGCCAUCUGCUCACCGAGGAGGACGCGCUGGCACUGUCUUUGGCACUGGCACUGGCACGGGGGCGCGCUGAGGCUCCAGUUUUUCCCCGGAGAGACAGGAGCGCGGCCUGUCAACACGUGGCUCAUUGGAGGUCAAAACGUGGACCAUGUUUCUUCACCGGCGACUUGA